UGGUGGUGGGGGAGCGGAAGGUCAGGGCGCCGCCGAGCGGAAGUGGGAGCCGGAGCCCGUCCGCCAUUGUGGGGAAGCGGAGCCCAGAGCAAGGGGCGGAACGCGGCGCUGUGUCCAGCCGGCUCCUUCCAGCGGGAUCGCCAUCGGCGGCGGCAGCCGGAGCAGGCGGCGGCGGCGGCGACGACAAUCAGGCGGCGGCGAGGAGGAGGACGCGAGCGGCGCGGCGGGCGGACGGCCCCGGCGUGCGGAAUCACUCGAGGCCCAGGCGGAGCGGAGCGAGGGGAUCGCGGCUCCCCGUGAAGAAUGUCAGCCACCAGCGUCGACCAGAGACCUAAAGGACAGGGGAAUAAAGUUUCAGUACAGAACGGUUCGAUUCAUCAAAAGGAUGCAGUAAAUGAUGAUGAUUUUGAGCCAUAUCUAAGUAGUCAGACAAAUCAGAGUAACAGCUAUCCACCAAUGUCAGACCCAUAUAUGCCUAGUUAUUAUGCUCCAUCCAUUGGAUUUCCAUAUUCUUUAGGCGAAGCAGCAUGGUCAACUGCAGGUGACCCUCCAAUGCCAUACUUGACAACUUAUGGACAGAUGAGUAAUGGUGAACACCAUUACAUUCCCGAUGGUGUGUUUAGUCAACCUGGGGCAUUAGGAAAUACCCCUCCAUUUCUUGGGCAGCACGGAUUUAAUUUUUUUCCUGGGAAUGCAGACUUCUCUACAUGGGGGACGAGUGGAUCUCAGGGACAAUCAACGCAAAGCUCUGCUUACAGCAGCAGCUAUGGCUAUCCACCUAGUUCUCUUGGGAGAGCCAUAGCAGAUGGACAGGCUGGAUUUGGCAGUGAUACUCUGAGCAAGGUGCCUGGAAUUAGCAGCAUUGAGCAAGGCAUGACUGGACUGAAAAUUGGUGGAGAUAUGACAGCUGCUGUUACAAAAACUGUAGGUUCAGCUCUGAGCAGUACAGGUAUGACAAGCAUUGCAGCAAACAGCGUGCCCCCAGUUAGCAGUUCAGCACCUAAACCAACCUCAUGGGCUGCCAUUGCAAGGAAGCCUGCUAAACCUCAGCCGAAACUGAAGCCUAAAGGUAACGUGGGCAUUGGGGGGCCUGCUGUACCACCACCACCUAUAAAACACAACAUGAAUAUUGGAACUUGGGAUGACAAAGGGUCAGUGGUAAAGGCACCCCCAGCCCAACCAGUACUGCCGCCUCAGACUAUUAUCCAGCAGCCUCAGCCAUUAAUUCAACCACCACCGCUGGUGCAAAGCCAACUGCCUCAACAGCAGCCUCAGCCACAGCAACCACAACAGCAACAAGGACCUCAGCAGCAGGCCCAGCCUCACCAGUUGCAGCAGCAACAGCUGCAAAACCGCUGGGUAGCUCCUCGUAAUAGGGGUGUGGGCUUCAGCCAGAACAAUGGAGCUGGUAGUGACAACUUUGGUUUAGGUGUUGUGUCUGUCAGCUCUUCACCUUCUGGUGUGGAAGUGCACCCAGUGCUGGAGAAACUAAAGGCCAUAAACAACUACAAUCCCAAAGACUUCGAUUGGAAUCUGAAGAAUGGACGUGUGUUUAUAAUCAAAAGUUAUUCAGAGGACGAUAUUCACCGUUCCAUUAAGUACUCUAUCUGGUGUAGUACUGAACAUGGUAAUAAGCGAUUGGAUGCUGCUUACCGUUCUCUGAAUGGAAAAGGCCCACUCUAUUUACUCUUCAGUGUGAAUGGUAGUGGACACUUUUGUGGGGUGGCUGAGAUGAAGUCUGUUGUGGACUACAAUGCAUAUGCUGGUGUCUGGUCUCAGGAUAAGUGGAAGGGGAAGUUUGAUGUCAAAUGGAUCUUUGUCAAAGACGUUCCCAAUAACCAACUGCGGCACAUUCGCUUGGAAAACAAUGACAACAAACCGGUUACCAAUUCGAGGGACACUCAAGAGGUACCCCUAGAAAAAGCUAAGCAAGUGCUUAAAAUAAUUGCUACUUUCAAGCAUACCACCUCAAUCUUUGAUGACUUUGCACAUUAUGAGAAGCGUCAAGAGGAGGAGGAAGCCAUGCGUAGGGAGAGAAAUAGAAACAAACAAUAACUAUAUGGAGAUGUCCUGCUAGAAUUACAACACUAAUGAUGUAGACUCUGGAAAUGCCUAAUAUGUCUAAGAAGACGUUAUUAAAGCUUUUUUCUGCUUAAGGUGACAUCUUUGAACACUUUAACACAAAAUUGACUCUUCUUGUAAUGGUUCUCAUCAGUGCAUCUGCCCUUAUACUCUCUCACCAAACACACUUGAGAACUGUACCUUCGUCAAGCACUUUCUGUCCUGAAGCUUUUACCAGUAUCUGCUGUCUUUUGUAUUUAUGCAUCCUAGCUAAGGCACAGGAGACCGAACGAAUGCAAGGAUUCAUUAACUCUUUGAAUUUGUUAAAAAACUAACAUUUAACCAUUAGAAGUGGUUCAAUGAUGUGAGAUUCACAUUGCUUCAACUUAAUUUUUUCUUUGUUGUAGUUUUUUUAAUUGUCAGUUUUUAGCUAUUCAACAGAUUAGAAGCAAAUCAUGCCAUAUUUAGUCCUGGAGUAAAACUCAAGUCUAAAUGUUCAUGUGAAAAUUAUUGUAGUAAUCUUUUAAUAUGGCAAAGCAACUUUAAGCUGCAGUUUAGCCAAAUGAAACGUAACAUAAAAUUCAAUUAGAAUGACAUUUCCCUUGUUUCAAACUGUUUGGUGUAAGAGAAUAUUAAUAUGCAGCGUGGUGGACAUCACCAGUUAAUGCACAUUUCUUUUUUUUUUUUUUGUUUUCUGUAACAUGUAUACUGAAAAAAGUGCAUUUGUCUGAGGAUCUGUUUGUUUGCUACCACUCAAUGAAUCUCAGUUUUGAGUAAAUGUACCUCAGUCUAAAUCAGACUUUUUAUGACCUUUAUAACUACAUUUAAAAUCUUUAAUUCCUAUUUCUGGGUGUUUGCAAGCCUGACAGAUUGCUAUCAUGAAAGUGAAAAUUUACUCCUCUAGGUGAUUCACUAGCUAAAUAAACAUAAUUCUUGUUUAGCAAGCAUAUACUCUGUUUCUCAAAUUUUUUUUUUUGUUUCAUUGUACCAACAUCCAGGUGUUUUUGUCCCUCUUCGAAAACAUUUUGAGAAAAAUACUUUGAUCCAUGGAGAUGACAUAUUCAUAGCCAUGUUAACAUGAUUUUUGUUCGAAGCAUGCAACAAGAUUUUUAAAUACAUGUUAAACUGGAUAAUUCUGUGCUAGUUUUUACUUCUAAAAAUUAUAUCUUUUUGUUUCAGUUUAUAUAACAAUACAUUCUAUCUGCUGGAAGAGAAUAUUAAAAAAUGUUAAGCAGGUUUAUUGACUGUACAAAAUACUGAACAGCCUGUACCAAACUCCAGGGAUGGCUUUCUCU